ACAUGACAUAUAAUGUUUACAAUUAUUCAAUCCAUUGAGUUUACCGACCAAUUCGUAUAGACAUGUUUUCCUUCUGCAAGAUCUAUAUAAAAGAAUCUUGAACGAUUAUACACACAGUAUUAUCUCAACGAGGAUACAAGAUACUUGUAACAAUGAAAACUUUUGUCGUGUUCGCUAUGUGCUUGGCUGCGGCGCUCGCCCUCCCAGCUGACACCUACAAUCCUGAAUACGAUAACUUCAAUGCUAAAGAGCUAGUGGAGAACCCACGACUUCUGAAAAACUAUGGCAAAUGCUUCCUUGAUCAGGGCCCAUGCACAGCUGAGGGUUCGGACUUUAAAAAAACAAUUCCUGAAGCCCUUCGUACCACAUGCGCUAAAUGUACGCCAAAACAACGCGAGCUAAUUCGCACCGUAGUCCGCGGCUUCCAGAAGGACUUGCCAGAAAUGUGGUCAGAGCUUGUCAAGAAGGAGGACCCUAAGGGAGAAUACAAAGAAUCCUUUGAAAAAUUCCUCAACGGCUCAGAUUAAGCAAUUAGUUUUUAUGUGAUACACUCAAAUAUAUCUCCAGUGAAAUUUUAAAUAUGGUUUUCAAAAGUCCUUUUGUUAUUUGUUUGGAUUAUAAUUAACUACAUAUUUUACAUUUAAAUUGUCUUCAGCGUUUCAAAUAAAAGUAUUUUUAUUUCUA